AAAUCAACAUCUAUCUGCAUGCAUGGGUCCCAAAUAAUCUUUCUAUUUAUACCCUCUCUAUCAUAUUCUUAAUACAUGCCUCUCAUUAUAUCUCUCUUAAAUCUAUUGUACUUUCAUUUAAUUUAAGUACACAAUAUAACUCUGAUCAAUUCAUUUCAUGGCUUUCUUUAUCUCCAUUCUUCUCUUCAUGUUCACUAUUUCAACUAAUGCUCAAGGCAACCCACCCUCACCAGGAUACAACCCUAGUUCUACGGUUGACACCGUGCCCUUUGAUCAAGCGUAUCAAACCUUAUGGGGCCCACAAAACCAGCGGUUCGAUCAAAGCUCGCUCACCAUAUGGCUUGAUAAGUCUUCCGGAAGCGGUUUUAAGUCGAUAAAACCCUAUAGAUCGGGUUACUUUGGGACAGCGGUCAAGCUUCACCCUGGUUACACUGCGGGAGUCAUCACAUCAUUUUACCUUUCUAAUAACGAGGAUCAUCCUGGAAACCAUGACGAAAUCGAUAUCGAGUUUCUUGGGACAACACCCGACAAACCGUACACGUUACAAACGAAUGUUUACAUGAGAGGGAGUGGAGAUGGGAACAUCAUAGGACGAGAACAUCGAUUUCACCUUUGGUUCGACCCGACCCAAGAUUUUCAUGAUUAUGCAAUAUUAUGGACACCUAACGAGAUAGUAUUUUUCGUGGACGAUGUGCCGAUUCGAAGGUACCCAAGGAAAAGCGAUGCAACGUUUCCUUUAAGACCGAUGUACGUGUAUGGGUCGAUAUGGGAUGCGUCUUCAUGGGCUACUGAAGAUGGUAGAUACAAAGCAAACUAUGGGUACCAACCUUUUGUUGGUAGGUAUAGGAACUUCAAGAUCAAAGGUUGUGAAGCCGACUCGGCACAAUCAUGCCGCCCUCCAUCUGGUUCUCCAUACACCAGUGGAGGGCUGAGCCUCCAGCAAGUGGCGGCGAUGCAAUGGGUUCAAAGGAGAUACAAAGUGUAUGAUUAUUGUUUGGACCCAAAAAGAGACCACACCCAAACACCAGAGUGUUAGAAAAAGUUCUAUUUUUUUUUUUCUCUAAAGAAGUUUAGGGUUGAUAUGGGUGCAAAGUCUUUUUAAUAUUAUUUGCAUGCAUGCUUGGUUUGCUUUUUUUUUUUCUUUUUGUGUGUGUUAUAUUUGUCGUUUUAGAAAAAGCAAAGGAAUGAG